AUGUCCGUCUUCUCUGCUACCAACGAGAACUAUGCUGCGCUAGCGAAUAUCAAGUUCGAUUUCUCCCUCGUCAAAAUGGAAGCGCCAAUCGAGUUUAGUGGUAUUGCUUCCGGGCUCUCUACCAGAAGACGAGUUGAGGCUGAAGAAGGCCCUUCCCACAAGACAGCACGUCGGCUGGGGGCUUUGUUCGAAGAUGUUGUGCCAUCCACGCCAAAGCUAAUAUCUGCAUACGGGCGGCGAAUGUCGGAGAUCAUAAAUGCCUCUGGAGUCAACGACAUCGGCGCUGGUCAGCAUGGACCGUUCGAGCCAUAUGUUGGAGCAGAUGUUACGACUCUCUGGGCUGCGGCAACAUCUGGGAUACCGGCUCUGGGCGUGUAUCUCCUCAGUUGCCUAUUGGCUCGCGCUUGGGACGCGAAAGUAGCUACAGCAAUAUGGGUGGAGAUAGUUGCAGCAAGAAAGAUCGAGAUCGAAGAAGGACUCAAAAGCAACGGCAACGUGUCUGCCACCUCGCUCCUUGGUGCAUGCCAAGACAUCACCAGAAAAGACCUUGCUUUGUGGGACAGUAGUGCAAGAGCCUGGCUUCGCAGAGCGGACAAAUCGAAACAAUUUGCGCAACGUCAACUGUCGCUCAUUGUUAAAAACAUCAAUACUCCAAUCCCCGGGGGUCCUUCAACCUACGACCAAGUCAUGAACGUGUGGAAGCGAUCAAUGCUGGCUGUCGAGCAAUUUCUGACCGGCAAACCACAGGACAUCAUCGACGGAUCGGUAUUCGUAGCGUUUUCUGCGUGGCACCUCUACCCAGACCUGAUCGUGUUCACACCUGAACCCAAGAAAGUUGAGUUUAAAGAUAAACUCGUCCCUUCCUUUGGAGUAGGCACUGUUGGUGUAGAGCAUAACCGGAGAUCUUCGGAAGGAGAAGAAGACGUGAAAGAAGGCAAAUCCUCCGAAUUCGGAUGGCUCCUACCUUUUGUAGUAGCGGCAAACCAGCUUCUAACUACGAACGAUCAAGAUCGCAAACGUAACGAGACAUUGUUGAAACACGGGACCAGGAGAGCAAAGUGCUUCUUGUCUAAUCAAGAGCUUACCCCUUCGCCAUUCUUUGGUCUACUCAAUACCCUCGUAGUGUGUGGACUUCAAGAAAAGCUCGACAUCGACUCUGGCAUUGCUUACCUUCGUGCCGUAGCGGAGAAGCUGAAACUAGACGGAAGCGAUGCAAUCAUCUGUUACGCUCACAGCGCUUCAAAUGUACACACUGCUGCAGCAAUCGACUACUACGAACUUGCCACAGUACAGAAAGCCAACUCGGACAGUCAUACGACGUGGAUUUGCCCGAAUGGCGCCAACUCGAAGUUUCUAGAAGACAGGAUACAUUCCAUCGCCGGUCGAGGUGAGCUGUGCAUCCGCUGUGCAAGCCGGCCAGACUUCGAUGGGAAUACCACUCACUUCAGAUGGGCGGAUCCGCCACUACCCUACCAACCAAACUAUUCGACCAUCGCGCGUCACCAUGAAGAUGAGAGUCGCCAAUCCAAGAAAGUUAAAGUAGAGAUCGGCUUCGACGCUAUUCUUGGUGAUUCACGUCUGGGCCUGUUUCUCCAGAGCGAGGCGCGUAGUGUAACGCGUAGAGGACGCGAUCCAUUACGGUCCUAUCAAGAAGAGGCGAGACUCGAGACCAUGAAAACAGACACUCUCUCAAUCUCGGUAGAAAAGUUCAAAGAAGCGAAAAUGCAAUCAACCCGAUUGAGAGAUUACAUGUGUUCUUUGGUACACCUCAAUGAAGAAGAAUCGAUGUACAACUCUCUCCGAGCCCCCGGGGUGUCAUUGUUCUCAGGCUUCCACAAGUUUGAUCUUGGCUUCAGCAAAUCGCUGUAUGCUCUGGAGUUAGCUUCAUACGUGUACACCGACCUCGUCCAUGCUACAAUCUCGUUGAAACUGAUAACUCUGCAUCUAUCGGAUGCUGCGUGGUUCAAAUGUUUGUUCGACAGAUGGAAGAUUCGGGGCAACAACUCAGAUCUCCGGUUUGAUGGAAUGCCACUUCUCACUUCGUUACGAGCUCCGCUGCCCGAUCGAAACGAGUCGUUUGGAUGUAUAGCUCUGCUUGACUCGGGAGUGGUCGAUCUCGUUCCCGAGGACUUCAGCCAUGCAUUUGCUCUAUGCUCAGAAGACACAAUCUACGUACCAGCAGUUGUAUUAUCCGAUCCAUUCGUCUCAGUAGCAGACCACGAAAUGAGAAGUAUUACGGGCAACAUUGGCCGCCAAGGCAUUUCGAUACUGGUCUCACCUGUCGAACCCCGAAUUCGCGAACUCAGCAACAACUAUGAGCUGGUAUCGCACGAGCCAUACGAUUUCAAACGUGAAGACAACUUUGGUGCAACCUCAUUACACCUGUCUUUCACCGACUGGACAGUGCCCCUCGCAACCGAAGAUACGCGCAUGAUAGACCAUGAUGCCCACGCAGUAGAAGCCGUCAUAUCUAUCCACGACCGCGGUGUUUGGGUCGGCGACAUCAACAUUCUGGACGUCGAUUUUCGAGAUAUGCUCCGGUUUAAACCAAUGACGUCUUGCAAAGGAAACCAUGGCCAAGAUUGCGACGUUGACUACACAUCCAUCGACAGCUGGGAAGAGUUGCUGGAUGAGCCUAAUGGCGUUGGCGUUUUUAGAGCGCAUGGAAAUUGGGCCGCACGGCUAGCUGCAGUGAGUAUCCUGUCACGAGGUCAGACUGGAGGUUAUAACUUUGGCGUUCUUGGACCUGAGCCUUUGUGUUUGAGAUGUCUGGAGGAAGAACUGGAGAAGCCUGCAUGGAAUAUGCUGGACUACGAGUCGAAGCUGCCUUCAUUCUGUAUAGACUGA